UAUAAUAUUGGAAGAUCAAUUCGAUGUCUGUGUAAUAUCAUACCAAGAAGACCAUUCACGUCUGAUCUGCGAGGACUGCAUUGUGCGGCUGAGAGAUGCCACUGCCUUCCGGAGACAGGUGGAGCAAGCGGAGCGGGCCUUAAGCAGGAACACCAUCAGUAAUGGAGUUUGUAGUGGCACAGAACUCCUAUCCAAACUAAUAGAUUACAAAGAUGACUUCAUUGAUCAUAUCACUGGUGACUUUGAUGACGAUUUAGCUGACGUAGUGGUUGAUGAUCACAGCGGUGGUGAGAUCGGAUGGCAGGAAGAUGGUGAUGAUGAUGGUGAUGUGUUCGUAAUUAAAAUGGAGCCUGAAGAUGAUACAAUAGUAAAAUCACAAGAAAAUGAAUUGUUUAAGAAAAGUGUACCAAAGAGUCUACAGAAGGGAAUAUCAUUGACUAGUAAAAGCAAGGGAGUUGUUAAAGCUAAUAAAGAUGAGCAAAAAGAGACGCAGAAAAGAAAGCGAAUUAAAUCUCUAACACAACUCAACUUGAAAGAAAACUCUUUAAAACUCAUAAACAACUCUAACCUAUGUCUCUUCGAGUCUUUAAAGACCAAAUUCCGCUGUUUCUACUGCAAGAACUCGUAUUUAAACAUUACUGAGUUACGCGAGCAUUCGACAAGCCACUCUAACCCUUCGUAUUUGAAGAUGUGCAUUAAUAGAUUGCAAGGAAUGUCGUACAAAAAUGUCGAUAUAUCUAAUUUAAUUUGCAAGAAUUGUUCGCAACCCCUCAAAGAUUUGGCAGAGUUGAGAAAACAUUUGAUGGAAAUGCAUAACGUUGAGUUUUCUGAUUCGGAGCAUUUGUUAAUACCUUACAGGUUAGAAAACGGUUUCAACUGCGUGUUGUGCGAACAGAAAUUCAACACUUACUUCAGAUUAUCGAUUCACAUGAACACUCACUACACGAACCACGUUUGCGAAAUCUGCGGCGUUUCUUACAUCAACCGUUUGAGCCUCAGAAUGCACGUGAACUCCAUACACAGAGAGAAAAAAUGUUCCAUAUGCCUUGAUACUUUCACCAACACAUAUUCUAGAGUAAAACACAUGAGAAAAGUGCAUAAUUCCAGCCAGGCCAAGCGUUACUGCCUUCUUUGCAAUAAAACUUUCCGUUACACGUAUAUGUUGAAUGAACAUAAGAUAAAGGAGCACGGGGCUAAGAGGCAGUUAAGUGAUUGUGCGCAGUGCGGGAAAUCCUUCCUUAGCGAUGUCAAUUUGAGAACGCACAUAAGAGGUGUUCAUGUAAAGGAACGUAAUUACUCUUGUAUUUAUUGCGGGAUGAGUUUUUUUACCUCCUGCGACCAGAGGAGGCAUGAACGGACACAUCAGGACGUCAGGUUGUUUGCUUGUAGCUACUGUGAAGGGCGGUUCAAAUCGAAGGAUUCGCUGCGAAGGCAUCUCAAGCGACAACAUGGGAACCUGUUUGUAGCAAAUACUUAGAGUAAUAAAUAUUUUAAAACAAUAUA